CGACGAUACAAAAAUAUCGAUUCACUCCUGGUGUUACCCUUCACUUCUCUACCUCUCUUUACCUUGUCCUUCAUUCGGCCUUUUGAGCCACCUUACCUUCAUUUUCCUUUCUUGUCAACGCUCAUCACUCCUUUGAGCUGCACAAGAACAGUCGCUCUUUACCAUAAACUUUGAGAAGCACAGUCCGUGACCGUGCCCAUCUGGGACCACCCGUCCGUGCCUUCGGCUCUUUGACCAGAGCCCAGUUCCAGCUUCCAGACUUCUGCCUCACCUGGCGUGAAGCGUCAACAAACACUUGGGCCAACAACCAGACACAGCUCACCCAGCCAGCUGUCACCAACCCACGAAUUCUGUCGUAAGCUGCUCGACUGCGCUGCCCGGUGCACUGCGAUUUCCUGCCACAAUCUGCUAUCAAAUAGCUCUCGAGAAACCAUUGAUUCUGGUCUCAAGCAGACUAUCGAUCAUCCAACCGAACCAUCACUUACUAGAUCAAUUCCUCGACCGAAAACAUGAAGUUGUCAACCGUCGCCCUCGCAGCCACUUGCGCCACACUGGCUUGUGCCAAACCAUUGGACAAGCGUGCAUUGGUCACCACCAUUGAAUGGGCAACUGUCACCGUCACCGUGACUGGCACCCCUCCCACCGAAACAUCCGCUGCCUCUUCUGUCGAGCCUGCCGCCACUACCGACGUCAUCUCUUGGUCUUCCAACUCCGCCUGGUCUUCAAACACCGACUGGUCCUCCAACUCCGACUGGUCUUCCGGCUCUAGCUGGCCAGGCUGGGCUGGCACGGGUGGAUGGCGAGGUGGAUGGAGCAGUGGAAGUGAUUCUUCGGUCCCUCAGGCCACUUACACUCAAGUCCAAUCCGAUACUCCUGCUGCCACCUCGACAUUGGAGAUCUCAAGUGCUUCCGCAUCGGCCGUUGAGACCUUCACCACUGAAGCCACGUCCACCACCGAAGCUACAUCCACCACCGAAGCUGUAUCCACCACUUCUGCUGCUCAGUCAGUCUCCACCAGCGUCUCUUCCGACUAUCAACAAGGGAUUCUCGAUUCUCACAACAUCCAUCGCCAAAAUGCCUCAGUCUCGGACCUGGUCUGGAGUGAUGAUAUGGCAUCCAUCGCUGCUCAGAUUGCUGCCAGCUGCGUCUAUGCCCACGAUACCAGCACUGGCGGGGGUGGCUAUGGACAGAACAUUGGUGCUGGAUCUCCGCCUGCGGAUAUCCCAGCCAUGAUCACCAACCUGAUGUACAAUGCCGAAAUCAACUUCUACCCCUUGCCGUACGGGGUUGAGCCGGACAUGAGCAACUUUGAGAAAUGGGGUCAUUACUCUCAGAUUGUAUGGAAGUCAACCACCUCGGUCGGAUGUGCUACCCAAUACUGCUCCAAUGGUUUGGCCAACGUUGGCAGUGGUGUUAGCCCGUACUUCACUGUCUGCAACUACAGCCCACCUGGCAAUUUCGGUGGACAGUAUGCAGCCAACGUACUACAGCCGGGCGGCGCGCCGACGGUGACGCUGUAAACGUCAAAGUCGAUGUUGUUGUUUGAUGACUGACGAUGCAUUGCAUUACCUCCUCGAAAAGCUACAGCGGGCGCAAUCCGUGAAAAGCCUGGUAAAGCCACAUCUUUUGCUUCUGGGAAUUGUUAUGAGUUGAAGUCUGCGACCAGCGUUGCAAAGAACGGCCAUUGUUGGAGUUUUUCUUUCUACGAGCGUGUCCUUCACCCUCUUCUUUUUGCUUCGGAAUGGAUCGAACCUUCCGAAUUUCGCUUCUUUUUACCUCUUGGGCUACAUUUUGGAGAGCUUUUCCUUUCUUGGACUGCGAUACAGGCAGAUAGGGACCAGAAGAGAAUCAAGAAUCAGAUCAAGUCUGUAUAUUAGACUAGGCUGGAAGAAAAAUGUACAACAGCAUCCAGAAUUCACAGUAAUCCGUCCACCAACCAAUCUCCGUC